CCAUGUCGUCCGCCUCCGCCAUCGUCGCCCCUACGUGGAGCGGGCACCACCUGCUGAAGAUCGACGGCUACUCCUUCACCAAGGACGUCCCCACCGGACAGAAGAUCGAAUCCCGCUCUUUCGACCUUGGCGGACAUCGAUGGCACAUCGAUUACUACCCCAACGGCUGCAGCGCUGAGGACGCGGUGAAGGCGCAGCAGAAGUUCUCUUUCGCCGGCGAGGUCAAGGGCCAAGCUCCAUCACUAGGAUCAUCCGUAACGGUAAACAACUACACUUGUCUGCAGGGCUGGGGGACUAGUAGUUUCGUCAAAAGGGAAGACCUGGAGGAGUCGGAGCAUCUCCAUGAUGAUUCCUUCACGGUCAGAUGCGAUAUCGUCGUCAUCAGCGAUUACCAGGCUGAGGAUCUGCCCGAGAGCACUCCUCCAACCUUCGUCUCCGUGGAACCAUCUGACCUUCACCAGCACCUUGGCGACCUCCUUAGGAGCGAGAAGGGCGCCGACGUGGUUUUUGAGGUUGCCGGCGAGACCUUCGCAGCGCACCGGUGCGUGCUCGCCGCCCGGUCGCCGGUCUUCAGCGCGAUGCUCUUUGGCGGCAUGAAGGAGGGCAACACGGUGCACAUACACGACAUGGAUGCCCAGGUGUUCAAGGCGUUGCUCGGUUUUGCAUACACGGACUCCUUAGCAGGUUGGCCAGUAGGAGCACCACCACCAUUGUGGGAACCUUUGGAAGAGACAUUGUUGUUUGUUUAA